AGUUGUCCUUUCGAAAGACACUUUAAAACACAAUCAAAGUUAAGCUUCAGCAACGUAGCUUCAUGUUCAUCAGAGAUGAAGCUCAUUUGUGUGACUCUACUCAUUAUUAGUGGAUUUGCAGAUUCAAGAGCAGACAAGUUUGAUGUAGUGGGUCCUGCAGCUCCUGUGGUGACUGUUUCUGGUGAAGAUGUGAUUCUGCCGUGUUCUCUCAAACCCAACAUCAGUGCUGUGAACAUGAGAGUCGAAUGGUUCAUACUUAGUCUGAAAGGCUCAGUAGUUCAUCUGUAUGAAGAUCAUGAAGACAGAAACACAGAUCAGCUUCAGUCCUACGGAGGAAGAACUCAAGUGUUUAAAGAAGAACUAGAGAAAGGAAACACGUCACUCAAACUCUCAAGAGUCCAAAUCUCUGAUGAAGGACUUUACAAGUGUUUUGUUCAGUCCAAAUCCUGGUAUGAUGACAUCACUGUUGAUCUCAGAGUUGACGCUGCAGGAAGUGUUCCGGUCAUCACUGUAGAUGGGUUUGAUGGUUCUGGUGGUCUUCAUCUACAGUGUGAAUCUAAAGGCUGGAACCCCGAGCCUGAACUUGUGUGGCUGGACAGUGAAGGAGUCACUUUAACAUCUGAAUCUACAGAUACACACAGAGACGACACAAAUGGAUUCAGUGUGAAACACGCGAUCACUGUAUAUAACAGUGACACUAAAUAUCACUGCAGAGUCAAGCUAAGACAUCACAUGGUGGAGACUGAGAUCAUUACAUCAAGUAAAAUGUUUACCUCUUGGAAGACAUUAAUGAUCCUGAUUUCAGUUGCUGUUUUGUUCGGUAUGAUCGCUGGAAUACUUAUUGUGGUGAUGAUUCACAAAAAAAGAGUGUUGUAUCAAGUUUUACAGGAUCAGAAGAAGACUACACAAAAUGAGAUCACAAUCAAGAGAAAAUAUGCAGCAGUGAACGUGACUCUGGAUGCUGAUUCAGCUCAUCCACAUCUCACCGUGUCCCAUAAUUGGAAACAAGUGAGAUUUCAAGACGCACAAUCAAAUGAAGAGAAGGAGGAAGAUGAAGAGCAAAAUUGCAGGUUUGAUAUACGUAACUGCGUCCUAGGAACAUUUGAAAGUAAAGAUCAGUUUUACUUUGAGGUGCACAUGUGGAAGUUAACUGACUGGGAUGUGGGCGUGGCCAGAAAAUCCAUCAACAGGAAGGGCUGGAUCGAUCUAAAUCCUUCGAAUGGAUUCUGGACCGUUGGAGUGAGGUUCGGAACGAUGUAUCAGGCUUGUGGAAAUCCGCAUGUUCCUCUUACCCUACACGUGAAGCCUAAGAGGGUGGGGGUGUUUGUGAAUUAUGUGAAGGGUCGGGUCUCUUUUUAUGAUGUGGAGUCCUGGUCUCAUAUCUUUACUUUUACCGGUCAGUCUUUCAAUGAGGAACUAAAUCCAUUUUUUUGUUUGGGUUUCGGUGAGAGCAAUGCACAGGGUGUCAUGACCCUUUGUAAUGACUUUUAAGAAUCUUAAAAAUGGAUUCUGUUUAAAUUCCGGUUGCAAACUGAUAUUUCUUUGCCAAAGCCUUAAGUUGGUCAGAAAGGGACCCAAAUUUCACUUCUGUCUUUGAAAAGUAGUUUUUUGUGGUGUACCGUUUCUUUUAUAAUGUAAAGAAAACUUUCUGUGAAAAUGUAACCUUGAUAACUCCAAUGAUAGUAAAAUUGAUGGCUGAAAUUUUGUUACCGCAUAAAUAGAUUUUGAGACUCCAGCCAGGAUUUUACAGACUGUCACAUAUAUUUUAAUUAACCGCUCACAAAAAGGACUUUAAACGAUCAAUUUGGAGAUUUUGGUGGCAUCUAUUGGUGAGGGUGUGAAUUGCAACCAAAGGCUUACUCCACCCUUCCCUUUCGAAGCACUACGGUGGCUGACACAGGACAAAGAUGUCGUCACGUUUUCGCUUCUUUGCUGAAGGAGAUAAGGUAUUUAAAAAAAACGUUCUGUAGAGCAGUUUGUCCGUUCAGGCCUACUGUAGAAACAACAUGGAGAAUUCCAUGCAAGGGGACCCACAAUGUAUGUAGAUAGAAAUAGGUCAUUCUAAGGUAAAAAAAUAUAACGCUUCAUUAUGUCUUCAUACAGCCCUGAAGACGUAGUUAUCUGAAUAUUAUAUUGCAAUUCUGAUAAUAGAUCUACACAAUUACACACUGGACCUUUAAAUUCUCAAACGUGUUUUUCUAUAUGUGCUGUAUCCAUGGAAUGCAGAAACUUAGCCUGUACAUUUACUAUAAAUAUGUUUUUUGUAAUGAUUGUGUUUUAACCUCUGAAGAACAACCUUAAUGUCCUUCUGAAUCCUUGUACCUUCAUAUUUUGUGUGUUAAAUAUUUUUGCCAUAAACAAUUAUUAUUAGUCACCCGUCGUUCACUGGGCUUUGCAAAUAUCUAUCCAAACAAAAGUAUCAAAAAGUGAAUGUCAAUUUUAACAACAUAGUUUUUCAUUGUUUUUUCCAUUUCCUGAAAAACACUGAAUUUGGAUAUCCCAGGUUUCCGAAGGACUGCGUCGAUAUGACAUAUUGUACUGUUAUUUAUAUAUGUACAUUUUGGCUGCAAAUUAAGCUUGUAAAAAGAUUUUUUGAACUUAGAAAAUGUUGAUAAAAACUGUGUUGAUGUGUGACAGCAGGAAUGCACAAAAACAGGUUUUGAAGUGCUGGCUGUUUGCACAAGGGUUUCAUGUUUCUGUCCGGGUGUAUAGGAUGUUUCAAGUCUCCUUGUUAGUCUUAAGAAUAUUCCUCACAGCAAUAAUGAUACAAAUUGCUAAAGUAUCAUUACUCAGCCAAUCUCAUAUAGUGAGAAAAACAAAAUGUCUGUGUAAUACAUUUUUAUUUAGGUAUUUCUUAUUAUGAUCUACCGUCCCAGUUGAGCAGCAAUAAAUAAAGGUAAAACCAAGAAAUGUUUCAUAUCAUUCCUUCUGUUUGUUGUUGUGAAGACAGCCAGUGAGUUGAAAGUAAGCAAUAGAUGAACAGAAUUCUGAUUAAUGUUUUCCCACCUUAACUGUAUCGUGUACACACACAAAGAGCCAUAUACGGGACAUAUCUAUAGGGACCUGAAUCCUGGAGUGAUGACAUCACUGUUGACGUCUGGGUUGAAGCUGCAGGAAAUGCUCCGGUCAUCACUGUAGAUGGGUUUGAUGGUUCUGGUGGUCUUCAUCUACAGUGUGAAUCUAAAGGCUGGAACCCUGAGGCUGAACUUGUGAGGCUGGACAGUGAAGGAGUCACUUUAACAUCUGAAUCUACAGAUACACACAGAGAUGACACAGAUGGAUUCAGUGUAAAACACGCGAUCACUGUAUAUAACAGUGACACUAAAUAUCACUGCAGAGUCAAACUAAGACAUCACAUGCUGGAGACUGAGAUUAUUACAUCAAAUAAAAUGUUUAACUCGUGGAGGGCAUCAGUGGUCCUGAUUUCAGUUGGAGUUGUGCUCAGUGUGACCACGGGAAUACUGAACUGUGUUCGCUCACAGAAAGAAAGAACACUAUCAGUUUUCACAGAGUCAGAGGACAAAAGUACAAAAUGUGAUCAUCACACAUUUGAGAAAACAUGCAGUGAAUGUGACUCUGGAUUCAAAUGUGGCUCAUCCACGUCUCGUCAUUUCUCGUGAUGGGAAACAAGUUAGAGAUGGACACAAACCUGAAAAUGUGGAGAAUAGAGACGAAGAACAAAAUGAACGGUUCGGUAUAUGUCUGUGUGUCCUAGGACAGGAAGGAUUUACCUCUGACUUUUACUAUGAGGUGCAGGUAAAGGGAAAAACGGAGUGGGAUUUAGGUGUCACCAGGGAAUCCAUUAACAAGAAGGAGAAGGUCAGUCUGAAACCUGCAGAUGGACUCUGGACUAUUGGUUUGAGAGAGGGGAUCUAUCGAGCUUGUGGGUAUCCGUACGUCUCCCUUUCCCUGAGAAGAAAGCUCCAAAGGAUGGGGGGUGUCUGUGAAUUAUACGGAGGGUCGGGUCUCCUUUUAUGACGUGGAAGCCAUGUGUCAUAUCUACACCUACUGUGGUCAGUAUUUUAAUGAAAACCUUCGUCCAUUUUUUUGUUUGGGUCCUUACUGGCGUGAAAACUCAACGGUGCCUCUGAUCAUCUGUAAUGAUCUUAAAUGACAGCAAAAAAUAAAUGUCAAUAAAUGUUACACUUCAAAGUAAGUUUACUACUUUAAAAAUACGUGUUAUAGUAAUGUACAAUAAUUUGAAGUGUGCAUAGAAGUAUGAAAUUAUGUGUCAUAGCUUUAUUAACUGUAAAUGAGCAAAUAUAUGUGUGUUAUUUCUAUGUAUGACAGAUGGG